GUUCGGUGCUGAACACACAGCUAUGCUAACAAGCUACCUCAGUCCCACCAGAACUGGAUCAUACACACCGUCAUGUAUGAGCUAGACUUGUGGUGUGUGUCGCCUCGUGCCGAAAUGCAUAGCCACCACGAGCGUGCCUGAUCGAAACUAUAUUACUAUGAGCGAUUUUCCUGCACACCCAAGCAUCCGUCAUCGAUUUGAUAGUGAACCUCGAAUAAUCCUGAGAAGCCCCAGGCCAGCCCGAUUGCUUGAACGCAGCAGUCUGAGCUGACGUAGCUUAUGAUUAUUUUGAAAAUGUUUGCCGCUCCUUUUUCCUGCUCCUUGUGAUAACCCAUUUGACGUUUCGCUUUGAUACGACGGGGACUUAUGCUUUUCGUAACCACUCAGCAAUAGACAUCAGACUUUGCACAUGCUAUCGGGACAAGUUGUCUUCCCUCUGUCGAUCUUUAUAUCCGAAAAUUAAAGAGGGCUGUGGAAUUGGCAACAGGAAAAAGGGACCACUUGGUUCAUGGUGAUGGGGAAUCUCCAAGAUAAAGCAAACAACACAGGAAGCACCAAAGUCGAGAGCUUUAAAACACAAUGUCUGAAGCGACGUGGAGACGUCAAUUCAUAGGUACUCCGUACAUCCAACCAUAAUGGUGUUGAGAUACCCCACACUGAGACAAAUGCAACCAAGGCUACCCGGCCCUUAGUGGCAGUUUCUCACGAUGUUUCUUGAGUCAUAUACUUCUCUCUUUAACACCAGCUCUAGCCUCAUGCAAAAGCAAAUGUGCUGCUCAUACCUGCUGGGAAGGACAGAUAUUCAUUGGCGUCCAAGUUCCUUUGGUAAUGCUUAGAACUGCUGGCCUAAGAAAAAAAAAAAAAAAAAAAAAAAAGGUAGCUCUCCAUAGCUCCGUUCAACGCUUAGCCACAGUAUUGAGAGCUUGAUAUCUGUUGCAUGACGAUCGAUUCUUCCAAAAAUUUCUUCAAAAAUCAGUGCGUCCAUCCUUCACCUUGUCCUUAUCAACACUGACUUCACUGACAGCCGUGAAGCAGAGGAUCAGUCAGCUCCUGGUUGAGCUGGGCUGUGCUAUGCGGGUCCACUGAAAAUUCGUCGACCUCAGUGCUUGUGAAGUCGACCACUUCAAGCUGGACGGUAUGGACUUAAUCCGCUUGCAAUCGAUGGUAGGAUUCACAGGGAAGCCUAUAGGUAUCACGACGGGCUCUUUGAAGUUCUAAACAGUUGACCCCGUGCGACAUAGGCAUAGUGGAUCUUAACGAUCCUACCUAGACAGCCAGGUUUGGAAACUGGGUGCACAAUCUCCCUAGUAUACUUUUCGUCAGAUCUGUUUCAAGAAAAAUCGAAGAUACCUAACGAUUAUCCACGGAUUUAAGUCCCAGGGUCCACUUGUAUAAUUCCCGGAUCAUCACGCAAUCAACCUUAUGAACUUAACACUAUACAGCUCCCCGGCUCGUCUCGAUACAAAAUCAUUCUAAGGCCAACCCGAUCUGGCAAUAACAUACCCUAAAAUUGCUCCUCACCGCCAUGCAAUAUGAAGAUAUUCCAGGGCGAGGACUUCUGUGCCGCAAUUCCUCUCGAUAUUCAGGUGCAUCGGCUCGUUAUGAUAUUCAACGUGCGAUGGGUGCCCUUACUCCUCUGCACACUCCAUGGACUCGGGGCUUCAGUCCAAGACUGAAUCAAUAACUAGAGGAAAUGUUACAGAUUACAUAGGUUUUGGUACUCCAUAAUUUAUGGGUUUUCCAUUGCGCCACAACCGCCAAGUCGACAAUGUCGUAGGCUGUGAUUCGGCCAAACGUGCGAGUGCCCACUUGAAAUGAUAGUGUAUUCAUUUUGCCCGCAGUACCCCGGUGUGACACCGCAUCGGUCUUUGGGUGCAUUGCGCUUCACAAUCCCAUUGUUAGGCUGUAUGGUUUGCGAGCGGUAGCGCAAUAACAAGGCCAUUGUUGGGAUGUUGGGACCUGCAUUGAAGGUCAAUAUUUCAACCUAAACUUGAGAAAGUUGUUUCGCGACUCUGUAGGACAUAUUUCUUUGUCCUAUUUCUUCACAACCCUUGCCGUUGAUUCAAGGGCUUCAUGGGUUCCGAGUGCGUUUUGAGGUCUUGUAACAUAACAUCUAUGUACAACUUUGAUAAUCUUCAUAGGUCAAAGUGAAGUAAGUAAAUACACGGACCUGGGAGUGCAUACACUGUAUUAUUUGUUGAUGAUCAGUUUAUUCCCUCCCAGAGCAAAAUAGAUCGCCUUCACCGCUCCAAACAUCACCACCCCUCUCAGGAUAGAACGAUUUAGCUUGGUCAGGUAGUUUUUCGACAGGCCUAGCACAAAUGUAGAAACACACAAAAGUCGUUCUCCACUGGUAGUGGAGUUGUUUGUAUUCCGGCACAUCCGCAGAUCGAGAGAGAGUCAUCACAAGGCUCAUGGUUGUCGAAUGAAUAAAAAAAAAAAAAAGAGAAUGGAACGCAUUAAUCAGCAUCCGGCCCCAAGUGAGGUGUGUGUUGGUCGGAUUAAAUAUUUAAAUAUUUAACUCCACGCCCAACCCCCCCUACAACACCAGCUCUCUUUUUCCCUCUUUUUUCAUUCUUUCUUUUUACUCCCCCUUUGCUGGGGCGCAAAUCUGUCCUGCUUUGGCCUUCUCCCUUUCUCGCUCUCUUCUAUUCCCUUCAAGUAUGCACCCGUCGUUGCCUGUGUCCUGGCAUUCCUCUCCCAGCUGCGCAUCCAAUACCCCUCCGCCGUCCCCUCCUUAAUACAAAUACUCUGUUUUGUGUCAAGCGUCCUUGUAGUCAGCAGCCUCAUGCAGGCAGAUCGAACGGCGGCGGGCUUCUCCAAUUCCGAUUCUCCUGUUGCUAUUGCUAUCAGCAAUGGAUUGCAGCUGCAGCAGGGGCCAUCUCAGCCCUGGUUAAUUGCGGCCAGUUGGGCGGCUGUCAUCUGGUACCUGAUUGUGACCUUUGUGAUUCUCGUGGGAUGGACUCGACUACAAAAGAAUUUCUCCUCCCGCCCAAAAAAAUCCUUCUCCGCCUCACUUCGCCCUUUUCAAGUCAGUCAUGUCACCAUCAUCCGGCCCGUCAAGGAUCUCGAGCCCUGCCUCUACGAGUGUCUGGCUGCUAGUUUCCGUCAGGAGUAUCCGAAGGAUAAGCUUACGAUAUACCUCUGCAUUGCGACCAAAACUGAUCCGGCAUAUGCUACGUUGAAACAAUUAUUGGAGGACUUCCCAGACGCAGAUGCUCGGAUUUUAGUUGAGGAGGAAAGUGAUGAUGGUGACCGGCUGGGACCCAACCCGAAAAUCAGGAAUAUGAGCCGUGCAUAUAACGAAGCAAAGGGUGAUAUUGUGUGGAUUGUGGAUUGCAAUGUUUGGAUGGGAAAAGGUGUUUGUGGCAGAAUGGUGGAUAGCCUGUGCGGAAUAGUUGCGGAGGAUGGCUCUGUCGGCAAGCAGUACAGAUUCGCGCAUCAAAUGCCCAUCGCGGUCGAUUUAGGAAAUGGAGAACCGUCAAUGAGAAGCGCGGAUGAGAGCCAGGACUUGUUACAUCAGGACUACGACUCUGUCAGCCUCCCGACUGCAGAGAUGAAAAGUAAGGGAAAGCCAUCUUUCCUAGCCACAGCAGGAGGUCGUCUAGAGGAACUUUUCCUCUCAUCCUCCCAUUCUAAAUUCUACUCCGCAAUCAACACUAUCGUCAUCGCCCCUUGCGCCGUUGGUAAAUCAACCAUGUUCCGCCGCUCACAUCUAGACUACCUCACUUCACCUGCCGUUGCAAAACCCCGCGCGCAACCCCGACGUCCCGGAAUUGAUUACUUCUCGGACAACAUCUGCGAAGACCAUCUCAUCGGGGACUGUCUCUUCCAAGGGAAACCCCCCACUAGAGAAGGAGAGCGAUGGGGUAGACACAAGUUAGUCUAUGGUGAUGUCGCCAUCCAACCAGUAGCCCGCAUGAGCGUCAAAGACUACAUCCACCGGCGCAUCCGCUGGCUCCGUGUGCGCAAGUUCACUGUGCUGCUCGCCACACUCGCCGAGCCAGGGACCGAAUCGUUCCUCUGCUCCACUUAUCUUGCCUUCGGACUUAGCAACCUCCUCCCUCGUUUCUUCCCGCAAUAUGCCACUUAUCUAGGCACCUGGCGUGCGUUUUUUGCAUUCUGGUCUAUCAGCAUCGCUUUCUGGGUCCUCAUUGACUGGUUGCUCUAUGUAACACUGCAUUCCGCCACUGCCCUGGAAGUCGACGAACAUACCCCGUCCUUCGCGCUCCCGCACCCCAGAUUCGCUCAUGCCAAGACUUGUCGCACUAGACGCCCGUUCCAUGAGUGGUUCCUUGCCUGGUUGGGCAGGGAGGCUUUGGCAUUGCCGAUCUGGCUAUGUGCGUUCUAUGGCGGUUCAACGGUUGUCUGGAGGGAUCACACGUUCCGUGUGGGGAUGGAUUUGGUUGCGACGAAGAUCCCGGGGAAAAUAUCGCAGAAUGACAACGAAACCGGGGCGCUUCGGGGGACGAAGGAUGGACAGAAGAGUGGCUAUGGUGCUUUAAGCGAUUCUGGUGGGAGAAGUACGAAUGUACGCCAGCGAAGUCCUAAAACGCGCGGUUAUGAACAUAGGAAUUGACUAGGAGAAAUGUCUCAACCUCACCCAAGCCCGCUUCCCUCCUGAUAUUAUCCUAGAUAGCCUUCUUUGUUUUUGAUUUUUUUUUUCUAUUUAUUUUGAUAGACAAUACCCAGAUACAGCACCGGAUACCAUCGGUUCCUUGUGUUCGCCUUGCUUCUAAAGGCUGUUUUGUUUGUGGUCAUCCUUCCACUGCAUAUUGGUGUAUGUUUAUCCAUUGAUUAUCCCCGGGAAUGGUUCGGCGAGUUGAUUAGAAUAAUAGCCAUAUCUAACGAGAUUAACGGGGCUAGCUAUCUCAUUUUGCUUCCAAGUUGAUGCGUAUACUUCUCCUGUAGGAUUGGGUUGUUUCUUCCAGAGUCUUCUUGAUCCCUCUAUUCAAGGCAGAAAUAAGCUUUCACCUCACAUAAUUUGCCUCAUGCACUCAGUCAUUAAAAAAACAAAACUCAUAUCCCCGAACACUCAAUUACCACCCUCAUCCCCAUCCCCACUCCCACUAACACCCGCCCCUCUCUCCAACCCCUCACCCUCCUCACACCCCAACAACCACUCGACAACCUGCAUGCCCUUCGAAAUCGGCCUCCUAGCCUCGCCCUCUUCCUUAUUCUCGGCUUCCCCAACCCCAUUCAUAGUCACUUCCACCUCUCCUUCUCCCUCCUUUUCAUCAUCAGCAGGUAACGAAGUCCACUCCGACCUCUCAGCGAGGAAGACGGCAUCAUGGCCCGCAUUGUUUUUUGUAGUGAUAUCUGCGCCGGCAUGGACGAGUGCUUUAACGCAUUCCAAGUGCGUGUUUAGCGCCGCCCAGUGUAAUGGGGUGUUGCCGGAGUUGUUCCGGUGGUUUAUGAUGGGGUUCACUGUUGUUGCUGCCCUUGCUGCGGGGUCUUGCGAUGUGUGGGUGGAUAUUGUUGUUUGUGUUAGAGUCUGUGUAGGUGUAUCGAGGAGGCUGAGGAGGUAAUUGAGUGUUUCUGGUAGUUUGGAGAUUUUUUGUAAGUGGGUAAAUCGCCCUUGGGGAACGCUAUAGAUAGAAUUAUAUGGGGCGACUACAUACCAAUAUUCCCAUUCGCAGCCGGCCAAUGCAACAAACACGCCCCCGUUCCCCCCUGGCUCUCGUCUUCCAUGUCGAUAGCAGACUGUAUGAUAUCUAAGGAGGAACAGCCGUACUUCUGGCUGAGGCUCGUGAUAUCUGUCCGCAAUGCGUCUACAUCUCCUAGACGCGCGGAGUAGAUGAGGUCGUCGAUCUCUUCUAAUGUAAGAGGCUUAGGCGUGGUUGCGCCGCCUAGUGUUUGGCCAGCUAUAGUUGCCAUGGUUUAGAUGGUUUCUGAUAUUCUUUUUCAGUUUCCCUUGUAGGAUAUCUAGGAAAUCCCCUUAAAAAGGAAAAGCAAAAAAAGUAGCGCAAGCCUUUUCGCUCCCUCCUGUAUUUAACCUAGGUAAUGUUAGACAUGUAAUAUUGUUUGCACCAUAUCCCGCAGUUGAUAUCAGAAUGGACGCGACGAUGAGGGGUAUCUUGAAAAAUCUUCCAGGUUUGCU